GGCCACUUUGAGCGUUUCAACGACUUCACCGAAAUGUAUGCCGGACAAGGAAGGAGUAUAUUGCUUGGCGACAAUUCUACCUGGUUGUAUCUGGGUAACAGCGACUCUGGUCUCAUAACGCGCCACCAGCUUCCGGAUAUGCUACAUGAGGAGACAAUCUACCAUGGCAUCCUCAACACUAGGACUACACGAGAGGAUACUCCUAUUUAUCCUGGUCCGUUCGUCAUGGCCAUUUCACACAUCCGAAGACUACUUUUCUGGAUGGAUUCGAAAGGGAUAAUGAGCUGCACCGUAGACGAUUGUAUGAACACUGCUGGCCGUGUCCAUUUAUUUUCCGAGGAAAAAAAAUAUCCAGGAGGAGUAGCUAGAUGCAGUCUCGUCGUGGAAGAUAAAAUUGGCAAGAUAUUUUGGUCUGACUAUCUUUCAACUGAGGACGUCUAUCCCCAUGAUAUCCUAAUGGCAGAUUUGGAUGGCAAGCGGGUUCAGACGGUGUGGAAACGUACUUCCAACUUCAAGCUGAUGGUAUUUACAAUAUGGAACGACUGGCUUGUAGCCUACGAAUUGGAGUCGUUUCGAUUCUGGAUGAGUAGAUUCCGGAGUCACAUCGCCGAGUCAAGUGAUGGGACCGCUCUGCCGUGGAAGUGGUUCCAGUCUACGUUCCAAGGAAAACAUUACAUAACUGAAAUGGUUUCAGUUUAAAGUUCUCAUGGCGGUGUAAUAAUUUAUGAAAAUAUACCUGUUUUCCUAUGAGAGUGUUUUAGGCAUCUUUAUUAAGUACGUUCAUCGUCAAAGUUUUUAAUCUGUUGUGGAUUU